GAAAUAGCGAUCGAAAGUACGUCGCAACAAGUCUCGACGCCGACGCCUCUCCUCCUUAAUCCCAUUCCGGUUCGAAUCGCCAAUCCACUGCCCGCACUGGCUCAAUAUGCUACAGCGAUGAAGAAGCUUCUACUAUCCCUAUUAGUGGCCACGAAGUCUUCCAUAGCAUGUCAGCGCGAAUUCCCGGACGAGCACUUUUCCUCGCAAUUCGCACGCUCCUCCGACACCCUCACUGCACGCGCUGAGCCAUUUCCACCAGUCUGGACCAAGAACGAAGCGAUCCUGCACCGGGCAUUCGACAGCGUAGAGCUAGAGACAUGGGCCUCCUACUACACGCACGGCGACCACAUAGCCGGCCGCAACAAAUCCAUGGCGGAGGAAACAGCUAAAAAAUGGAAUGCGAAUGGCGUGCCGUCCUCUCUUGUCGAGUAUGAAGUGUAUCUGAAUUAUCCGGAAAGCCAGAAGCUGGUUUUGAAUAGGGCGAACGGUUCAAAGUAUGAGGCGCAGCUGUGGGAGGAUAAGAUUGCGGAAGACGAGACGACUGAGUAUCCGGGAAGUAUCCCUGCUUUUCAUGGCUAUUCGGCAAGCGGGGACGUAGAGGCGGAGUAUGUUUACGUUGGACGUGCGCAUAAGGACGACUUUGCAGCUUUGAAGAGCGCUAGUAUAAACCUGGAAGGCAAGAUAGCGCUCGCCAAAUACGGCGGUCCUUUCCGUGGCAUCAAAGUGAAGAAUGCCGAGGCGAACGGCAUGGUUGGCGUUGUCAUCUUCACCGAUCCUGGAGAUGAUGGACCUCAGGAAGCGAAGGGCCAGGCCGCGUAUCCAAAGGGCCCGGCAAGGCAGCCUUCGUCGAUUCAGCGUGGGUCAGUGGCGUACAUCGACAGAUAUGUGGGCGAUCCAACGACUCCCGGAUGGCCCUCCAAACCAGGCGUCCCGCGAGAAAGCAAUCCCACAAUCCUGCCCAAGAUUCCCUCUCUGCCAAUCUCCUUUCGCGAUGCAUAUCCAAUCCUCAAAGCCCUCGAUGGCUACGGCAAGGCCGGCAAGGAUAUGAGGCGGGAUAGCUGGGUCGGCGGCCUCAAUGUGACCUACAGCACUGGACCUGCGCCCGGAAUUACGCUCUCGCUUUCCAACAAGAUGAAGGACGCAACCACGCCGAUUUGGAACGUCAUCGGAAUUAUCAACGGUACCAACGCAGACGAAACGAUUGUCGUGGGGAAUCACCGUGAUGCCUGGAUUAUUGGUGGAGCGGCGGAUCCAAACUCCGGGACCGCCAUGUUGAUCGAGAUCACGAGGGCCUUUGGCGAACUCUUGAAGACAGGGUGGAAGCCGAGGAGGAAUAUCGUCUUCGCAUCCUGGGACGCCGAAGAGUACGCGCUAAUAGGCUCUACAGAAUGGGUAGAAGAGUUUGCACCUUGGCUCGCCGACACAGUAAUCAGCUACCUCAAUAUUGACAUAGCCGUUAACGGGCCUCUCCCAGGGGCGUCUGCAACCCCUGAACUGCGCGGUAUCGCGCAGUCAGUGAUGAAGAAAGUCAUCUAUGGGAAUCGAACACUAUAUGAUGCCUGGUACAGUCUCUACCGCUUCCGACCUGAAGACAAUGGCUUCGGCAACCUAGGAAGUGGAAGCGAUUACACAGCGUUCCUGCAGCUUGGUAUCGGAGCCCUCGACUUUGGCAUGGGCCCGGGAUCUACAGACCCCGUUUACCACUACCAUUCUAACUACGACUCAUAUCAUUGGAUGAAAACCCUCGUCGACCCCACCUACGCCAUCCACACCACCGCGGGCCAAUACAUCGCCCUCCUCGCCUACCACCUCGCCGACGACCCGCUGCUCCCCUACGACCUCGACGCCUUCGGGCGGAACCUAGACUACUGGGCGCGCGACGUGACAUCCCUCACGAUAUCCUGCUGCGGCAGCGCCGGCGCAACGCAACAAGCCGUCAACCUCACCACGCUGAUCGACGCAUUCAGGCGGUUCAAGGACGUAGCGAAGCAGUACCAGAAAGUCACCAGCACGGACGCGUUCCUGCAGGACGACGCGAAGGUGCAGGCGACGAACGCGAAGUUGAAAAAGCUGCUGCGCUUGUUCGUGAGGGAGGCUGGCUUGCCGGACAGAGGGUUCUAUAAGACUGCGCUGUUUGCGCCGAAUCGGGAGGAUGGGUAUAAGGCGCAGACUCUGCCCGCGGUCGUGGAGGGCCUGCAGGAUAGGAAUCUCUCGCAGGCGAAGGAGUGGAAUCUGUUCCUCGUGGACGCUGUUGAUAAGGCGUCGGAGAUGUUCACCUUACCGUAGCUUGAGAGAUGAAAUGAAGUGGAAAGGAGGGGUGUCUCUUUCCUCCACCGCGCGCAGCUGGGCGAGCAGGUACGCAGUCAUAUUUGCCAUACAUACUCGCUGUGCGAACUACCAAACAUUAAGUUCGACACCCGCCGCACCGGUCUACAACCUUCCCUCUAGCGAGAACCACUCGACGUUGCUUUAGCGACGGGGCUCAAACGCAUCAACGCUGCCGAGAAAGCCCGGUGGACUAUAGAAGACUUCACGGUUGUUGGUGCCAUUCUCCGUAUUCCAAUUCAUCAACGUUCCCCAUUCACAUGCCAUCGUCCUCACGCGACUUGCCCCUAGCCGCCCAACCCGACGCUCCAUCAUACAGAGACCCUACUGGGCCGGUAGGAGUCAGAAGGCAGCCAGGACUAGCAUUCCAAGUGCCAUAUAUAGAUGAAGCAACAACGGAAGUCA